AUGGAUUUCAAGACUUCAAAUGAAGAGACAAAGACUGGGAUUUAUUUGAUGCAAGAAGGUAAUGAGGAGCCGUUUAAUAUUCGACUACACUUGGCCAAAGAUAUUCUGACCAUUCAAGAACAAGAUGUCAUCUGUGUGUCAGGAGAGCCUUUUUAUUCAAGCGAGAGGACUGUAACGAUCAGGAGGCAGACAAUUGGAGGGUUUGGCCUGAGCAUCAAGGGUGGAGCAGAGCAUAAAAUCCCUGUUGUGAUAUCAAAAAUAUCAAAAGAACAAAAAGCCGAACUCUCGGGCCUGCUUUUCAUUGGAGACGGCAUCCUUCAGAUAAAUGGAAUAAACGUUAGAAGUUAUCGCCAUGAGGAAGUGGUCCAGGUUUUGAGAAACGCUGGUGAAGAAGUGACUCUCACCGUCUCUUUCCUGAAGAAGACUCCGGCUUUUCUGAAGCUGCCCCUGUGUGAGGACUGCACAUGCAUCCCCAGCGACCAGAGUAGCGGGACAUCCUCUCCCCUGUGUGAUAGCGGCCUGCACUUGAACUACCAUCCUAACAACACGGACACGCUGUCCUGCUCGUCGUGGCCCACGUCACCGGGGCUACGCUGGGAGAAGAGAUGGGUGGACCUGCGCCUUAUUCCACUGCUCCACUCACGCCUGUCGCAGUACAUCCCGGGCUCUGACGCCUGCAGGAAAAAUGCUUUCCAGGUCAUAGCUGUGGAUGGAGUUUGCAGCGGAGUUAUACAGUUUCCCACAGCUGAGGACUGCCUGGAUUGGCUUCAGGCAAUAGCAAGCAACAUUUCCAGUCUCACCAAGCACAAUGUGAAGAAGAUAAACCGAAAUUUUCCAGUUAACCAGCAGAUUAUCUACAUGGGCUGGGUCGACGAGAAGGAGCAGGACUCCGUUCAGGACCGAAUGUAUUCACCAAAGUUCCUCGCUUUGAGGGGUUCCUCACUCUUCAAGUUUUCAGCACCUCCUGUGACAACAUGGGACUGGACCAGAGCAGAGAAAAGCUUUACUGUGUAUGAGAUCAUGUGCAAGAUUUUAAAGGAUAAUGACCUUCUGGACAAGAGGAAGCACUGCUUCAGCGUGCAGACGGAGAGCGGGGAGGACAUGUUCUUCAGUGUGGAGCUGGAUUGCGAGCUGCUGAUCUGGGAAAAGGCUUUUCAGAUGGCCACUUUCCUAGAGGUGGAGAGGAUACAGUGUAAAACGUAUGCCUGUAUCAUGGAGAGCCACCUCAUGGGUCUGACAGUAGACUUCAGCAUGGGCUUUGUGUGCUUUGAUGCAGCUUCAAAGGCCGUGCUGUGGAGAUACAAGUUCUCCCAGCUGAAAGGAUCGUCUGAUGAUGGAAAAAGCAAAAUCAAGUUUUUGUUCCAAAAUCAAGACUCCAAAUCUAUCGAAGCGAAGGAGCUGGAGUUCUCGAACCUCUUCGCCGUGCUUCACUGUAUUCACGCUUUUUUCGCUGCCAAAGUUGCUUGCCUGGACCCGAUGUUUGUGGAGAGCCAAGGCACCGCGACCACCCCUGGAUUUCCUUCUCUUUCCAGUAUCUCAUGUAAUUCACAGACACCUAAGCUCAAAUACGCCACUUGA